GGAAAAACAAAUGAUGGCGGGCCAUUCACUUUGGUGGUGGUACUUAGCAAUAUGUAGCCUUUCAAUUAUGGGAUCAAUGAUGAGAUUUUACAUUCUUCAAGUUGAAAAGACUAAUAUAACGCCGUAUAAUCGACCAGAGUCCAAAACUCUGGGCGAUUUACCGACUGUGAUGACGACGCAACGUGCAUCGACGGCCAGGUAUACGGUUAGAACGACGCUAUCGCCGGUAGUCCGAGCCAAGCAGAUGCGACAAGUGACUUUGCACUGCAAGACGGUGUGUAGCAAAUCUGCAGCUGAUAUCUGUGUGCCUCUGGAUUUGGCCAUCUUUGUCUACAAGAACGAUACACCAACUGACAACAUGACCUUCAACUUGCAAAAGUAUAAUCCUGUUGUGCAUAUAGCAAGAGAAAGCAACACUUCGCACGAAUCCUCAGUGCUUGACGUGGAGCGAUGUAACUUGGAGGAACAUUUCCCUGGAGUAGAGCUCAUCCCACGGCAGACAAGCUGUGCUGUGAUCGGUAACAGCGGUAUCUUAAACAACAGCAGUUGUGGGGAUUACAUCAACUCACAUGACUUCGUUAUCCGCGCCAAUAUGGGGCUGAUAAAAGGCUACGAAAGUGACGUCGGCAAAAAGUCAAGUUUGAAUGCUUUUAACAGAGGUCUGCUUACGGCGUACGGUAACGCUUUUCUGAAAAGCAAAGAAAUUGCUGAGAAACCAGAGAUACUACUUCGAUUCCUGGAACACAUUCGAACUUUGAAAGAAUCGAUUUUGUGGUAUCCGAAACAUCUUGUUAAAAGCGGCGGUGUGCAUCCGGCUAGCCAGCAAUACCGAGCAGUAAUUGACACAAUAAAGAAAAAUGGACUUUCGGGUAUUCGUUUCGCCUUCAACUGGAAACCAAUCCAAGUCGAAAAGGCAUGGGGUCUACCAAUGGGAUCAGCUACGCUUGGAUUAGACAUGUACGCAGUCGCUCGGACGUUCUGCUCCAACAUCAGUCUCUUCGGAUUCUACCCGUUCUACAAAGAUUUGGAGGGUCGAGCAGUCAAGUAUCAUUAUUUUGACAAUGGGAAAUUCAACUUUUCUCUCAAAACGGGGCACCAUUUCGCCCUGGAACACACCAAACUGAAAGAGCUGGAAAAACAAGGAAAACUGAAUUUAGUCGUCAGAGAUUGCAAGCCGAAAAAACAUAUCCUGGUUUAAUCGUUUUUGACUGUAAUAAUAGUAUUUAUCUUUCGCAUCUCAUCUUGCGAGCUAAAGAUUGUACCGUCCGUGCUCUUCAAAUUAUUCAAGUGUUAUUAUUUAAUUUAACAUGAAAGGUAAUUUUCCCGCAAAUCUGACGUCUGCAACCCUCUUAGAAGACCGGGCUUCGCUUUUGCAUUGUACAGAUUCUCCUAGCCACGCUGGUAUGGCGAAGGUAUUGCUGCGCUGUACCAACGCUGAUACAGCAGGCAGACCAACCUGCUGGGGAGAGUGUCAGGCACUUGCGCACGAAACUGCACCGACAUGUUGUAUUCUAUGAUGUGUCAGCUUCUUUGCCCUUUGGGUUGAUUAGGUUAUCUUAAGUUAUAUCAAAUUUUUCGAGGAAUUUAAGCAUCUCUCUGGGGUCCAUAUACACACGUAAAACGUUUGUCGGUAGCAGCCAUUUUGAAUGUAAGAAGCGAUGACCCCAAAGCCGUGACGUCGUGUUAUGCAAAUCGAUCUUGUCGCUCCAGCUAAAGUGCGCGUCUUGCGAUAUGCUUCGCACCUCGCCAAAAUGGAAAAAAUAAUUGCGGUAAUAAUUAAGCUUUAAUUCGAUGUGAGUCUCAAGCACUUUGGAGAGUUGUGAGUAUUUUUCCUGAGUUUUGGAAGUGGAGGUAGAUGCAUUCACUGGCGUCUAUAGGUCAAUGUAGUUACUGUUCAGCAACAUAAGAAGCCUUUCUAUCACUUCAACUCUUUUUGCAGUCUGCUAUAUGGCUCUCUGGGUUGAAAGAUCCGAUUCCUUUCCCAGGAAAAGGUUUAGAUAUGGGGUUCAAAUCCAACAAGGGGAGCACGUGUCUUAACUGCAGUUUGUUCCAAUCUUUUUGAUUUCUCCCCAAGCGGACACUGUGAAAAAAUGGUGACAAAAGAAAGGCUCCAUUGAACUCGCAAUGGAACUCCCCUAAAGAAUCCGCGCUUUUAUCAACGUAUACAGACCUAACUGAUUUGGCAUUUGCAUUGGACUUUGGUAUAUAUUUUCGGCAUACAAACAUCUCGUCCAUGAGGAAAUAUGUCGCAAAAAUAAUGCUUUGUUUCCGUACUCCUUACCGUGCUUAUCCAUCCUUCAAUUAGUUUUGAAAGAGUCACGAGUUUAUCAGAGGCCGUUUGUUUAGCCAUGGUUGAGCAAUAGUAUGACUUACAGGGAAUACCCUAGCACAUGCUUAUACUGCAUAUCAUAAUUUUCUUCUUUCAAAACGUCUCUCAAAGAUCCCGUGACCCGAUGCUGCAACU